AGGCUUAAGGCAUAGCCUGGGUUUAUAGUGUGUCAUCUCGGCCCUGGUGUUCCUCCCUCGCAGAGUCUCUCGAUCCAUUCAUCCAGUCUCUCGAAGCAUGUCAAUGGCGAUAUUUCAGCACGUGGUCACAGCACCCUUUGCACGCGCCGUAAGGUUCCGUACCCUGACUGUCGCCUGUAGCACCGUAACUUUACCUUCUCUCAAGAAGAAGGCCGAGGCAUCAUCAAAAGUGGACUUGCAGUCGCAGGUUCUCCUCGGCAUGUCUGAGCAAGAGCUUCAACAACUUGCCGUCGAUUUCGGUCAGGAACGCUACAGAGGUAAACAAUUGCACCAUUUACUGUAUAAAAGAAAAGUUAAAGAAAUUCAAGACUUUAGUCAAGUGCCAUUGGCAUUCAGGAAUGAGUUGCAGGAAGCAGGAUGGAGAGUUGGGAGGUCACCAGUAUAUAAGAAUGUUACGGCAUCUGAUGGCACCAUUAAGUUACUGAUAAAAUUGGAGGACAACCGAUUGGUUGAAACUGUUGGGAUACCAGUGGAAGAUGAUAAAGGUUCAGUCAGGUUGACUGCAUGUGUCUCAUCCCAGGUAGGCUGUCCAUUGCGCUGUUCCUUUUGUGCCACUGGCAAGGGGGGAUUUGCAAGAAACCUUAAGAGGCAUGAAAUUGUAGAGCAGGUGUUGGCAAUAGAAGAUGUUUUCAAGCACAGGGUUACAAAUGUCGUGUUUAUGGGAAUGGGUGAGCCGAUGUUGAACCUUAAAGAAGUUCUUGAAGCACACCGUUGCCUGAAUAAGGAUAUCCAAAUUGGGCAGAGGAUGAUCACAAUAUCAACUGUUGGAGUUCCAAAUACAAUAAAAAAGCUGGCUUCUCACAAGCUUCAAUCGACGUUGGCUAUUAGCUUACAUGCUCCAAACCAGAAACUCCGCGAAAGUAUAGUACCAAGUGCAAAGUCCUAUCCUUUGGAAGCAAUCAUGAAGGAUUGCAGGGACUAUUUCCUUGAAACCAGUCGACGGGUGUCUUUCGAAUACACACUUUUAGCUGGAGUCAAUGACACCAUUGAGCAUGCGUUAGAGUUAGCAGAACUGCUUCAUGAAUGGGGUCGUAGUUACCAUGUCAACCUGAUACCGUUUAAUCCAGUUGAAGGAUCUGAUUACCAGCGUCCAUAUAAAAAAUCAACUCUUGCAUUUGCAGCCGCUCUGGAGUCCCGUAAAAUAACCGUCAGUGUCCGGCAGACUCGAGGUCUUGAUGCUAGUGCUGCAUGUGGACAGCUGAGAAAUCAGUUCCAAAAGAGCCCUCUGCUUACUGGUGCCGAGGACCAGCAAUCAAACUCAGAGAUUGCAGUUAGUUGUUGAUCCAGGAUUCACCUGUUGCUACCUUCUGCAAGUUAGGUGGAACAGCUGCUUCAUGGGGGUAAAGUCCUACUAGGUUAGCAUCACACUCAGCUCUCGUGGCAAUCAAUGGAUAACAUCCCACAGGAGCAGAAAAGAUUUUCAUCUUAACAAGAGGAUUAUUCAGUGAAAUUGAAGAAAAUUAUGAAAAACUGCAGAUUUUAUCAAAUGCAGGCGACAAUACUCGAGAGCUGAGAGGAAUUGCAAAUGGGGAUGGAGGUCUUAAAGUACAACAUGGUGUAUAUUUUUUCUUCAGGAAAUGGCAGUCUACGAACGAUUUUGUGAACUUGCUGAAGUUCAUUUAAGCUACGACUACAGUUUCGAUAUUGCUAAUAAGAGAGAGAUCACUUUUGAGCUCUUUCUAAAAUUCUCAGCCAUAUGUAAAAGGAAAAAUGAAGAGACAUUUGACACCCUAUGGAGACUAUUAUAUAUACCAACCUUCUGUGGCAAAAAUUGAAUUACACGAGACAGUCUCUCCACCCUGCUUAAAGGCAGAAGGUAACUUCCGCAGUCCGCCAAAGGCUAGUCGCCUAAGAAAAUUCCCCCGAGUCAAACUAAUUGCCAUGGAACAUCAGCCAUAUGCCUUUUCUAGCAAAUAAACUUCCAUUCGUACUGUACAGCGGGCCUUCAAAUAGGAGAGUACUUGAAGAGUAGAGGCAUCAAUCAUCAGACUUCUGCAUUCUGCAUGAUGUACAUACAGGUCAUCAGCAGUUAAAUAUUUCACAGACAAGCCCCUCGAAAUGCAAUCCCUGAAAGAGAGUCAACAAGUUAUCUCUUUUCUUUGAUAUCAUAAUAAGCUGUACUGAUUCCUCAAUCCUGUUGAACUGAUUCCGUUUGGCACUACUUCGUCAACAAUUUCGAUGUUAUUCUGUGCAAAAUAUAGGCAACUGAUAAUAAAUUGAGAGUACAUCAGUCAACAAUAUGAUUCUUCAGCUCACUACUACUACUUGAAUUGAUAAACAAAUGCUGAGUUGAUAAAGCAACGUUCAGGGGUGAGGCCAAAAAAGGAAGAGAAUAGUAUCGUACACAAGAACAAAUCAUUCAAGGGUGAGGCCAGAGAUGGUGAGUGGUUACAUAGGAAAUGAAGAGAGAAGGAAGGAUAGAUAAAGAAAGCCAGAGCCGUCUGGAAGAAUCCAAGUGCGAACCUCAUUUAACUCAAUGUUCACGCGCAUCUUUCCACUUCUUUGACGUUUUUACAACACUGCCCUUCAAAUCCUUGCAUUAUGGGAUUAGGUUUUCAGCACUAGUGACUGUUCAGUUUUCACGCGCCUCUUUCCACUUCCUUGACGUCUCCGAGCGCCCCCCUCAGUACUAGUAGUAGAGUCCACACUCCACAGGUUUCCGGCGCUCUUGUCGAAUUUCACUUUCCGUUCAUCGUCGCUUCAAAGAAUCGAAAAUAUCAAAGUCAUUGCAAUUAUUCUUGAUUUUUUCUUCCACUUUGGUUCUCUGUAAUUUCUUCAGGGAGCAUUUGAAGUCCUUAUAUCGUCAAAGAAGUUGUUGCCAGGGACCUGCUGUAACUCAGAUUUCAGCAAUGGCGGUAGGGCUUGCUGAAGGGUAGUGCUUGAUUAUUGUCCCAUGUUACAACACGUGUAGCAAAGAAACCACUAUACAAGUUUUUCAAUAGCUGAGAAUUUUAUGAACAUAAACAUAAAAAAGGAAACAUAAACAUUACCAAGCGACCUCUCAGUGAUUGGCAGCAGCGAAAUGUUGCUACUUCUGGCUCCCACCUCCCUCUUCUUUUUGGUUUUAGUCCGCAAUCUGCAGUGCAGUAAUGAGCUCCGAGAGAAACCCCAGAAUUGAGAUUGAAGUUUAGAGGUCUAAUUAAAGAUCAAUUUAGAGGGGAAUCUGAGUUUCUUAUUGGGACGGGACAUUUGGAGGAGAGUUAGAGUUUCUUAAAACCACGGCUGCCUUCAAUAUCCGGUUCAAACAUUAUUAGACUUCUAAACCCGAGUGUUGCUCACUGGACCGAAGCGGCCUGACUUAUAAGUCAUAACAUGCUCCAUCAGCAGUCAGCACUCACACUAUAAAGUUUAGGGCUUGGUUUAUCACAGCAGAAGCAGGCAGAUUCCUUGCUCUGGUUUUCGUUCAAUCAUCUUUCAAGAAUCGUCGUUUUAACAGAAAACAAAAAUUAUUCCUCGCGAAAUGAAGCAAAACUUUGACAUUUUCUUCUGUGCUGUUUAUUUUGGGCCGCGAAGAGCUUCCGGGAGGUCAAGCCCAGAUUGAUCAUGACAGAUAGAGGAGAUUGACAUUGAUCUGGCCAUUGGGCUCCUGGAAAGGCAUCUCUUAUCAUACUGGGCCUCAUAAUUAUCAAGAGUAUAACGCUCUUUCUGGCGAUUGCCGGCUGGAGGGUCGUCUUGUACAAAGGGUUUGCGAACUUGGGAAGUGGAAAAUGAAUCAGAAAUUUGGAGGGGGGAAACCGCCAACUGGAACGCCGUCGUUAGCUUGGUCGUGCGCUGUCGUGAUCGUUUCGCUCCUCGCCGGUGCCUCGGUCGUCCACAACAUCUAUAAGCCUGAUCUGACUUUGCCUCCAAUUGAGAAAAGCGUUGAUGGGGCUCAACGAGAACCCGUGGAAAAACACUGAUGAAUUUCCAGUUUCACUUGUCUGUUGAGCUGUAAUUCAGGAGUCAGUCGCUACCAGCAGUGGUGCUUCAUAACUUUAUACAUUUGAAACUUUUUUUUAAGUAUAUACAAUUUCAUGAGUUCCACUGUGA